CGGCACCGCCGCGUUUCGCGCUGAAAGCAGCUAGCUCAACAUGGCGCGCGCGCUAAGUCUCCUUCUCGGGACUCGUGUCCGUGCUGUCGUGUCUCGCUGCGGGUUCGCGACCCAGGGGGUGGCAGGCCCGGGGUCUCCCGGCCGCGAGCCGGACCCCGAUUCCGACUGGGAACCAGAGGAGCGGGAGCUGCAGGAGGUGGAGAGCGCCCUGAAACGACAGAAAAAAGCCAUCCAGUUCCAGAAAAUUCGGAGGCAAAUGGAGCCGCGCGGGGCCCCGCCCAGGACUCUGACUAGGGAAGCCAUGAAGCAGAUCCGGUAUUUGCAUGAAGAGUUUCCAGAGUCCUGGUCAGUCCCCAGAUUGGCUGAAGGCUUUGACGUCAGCCCCGAUGUGAUCAGAAGGGUUUUAAGAAGCAAGUUUGUACCCACCUUGGAGAGGAAACUGAAGCAGGAUCAGAAAGUCCUUCAGAAAGCUGGGCUUGCCCACUCGCCCCGCCAGCUUCCGGGCCCUGGGGGUGCGCGGGAGCUGCUUUCUGCCGGCUGCCCUGUGUCGGGAGGUGCAGCCUCAUCCCAAGGCCAAGGUCACAGCACGGCUUUGAGGGUGGUAGAACCGAAUGCUCCGAGUACAAACACCCCGAGGAGACAGAAGGGAGGGAAUAAAGGAGUCCAGAGCCUGGAGAAGGAAAGCUUUGUGCCUGUUGCUGCAGCCCAAGGUCAGCAGAGAGAGCGGCAGAAUUACUCCACCAGUGAUUAUGAGGGCACCAGAGGCCCUGACCGUGAUGCAUUGCCAAGAGCGAAGGAGCUGGAAGCGUUGAAGGCAAGAGAACUGGAUGGCCAGAACUUCAGCAGCAAGGUGGUGCAGAGGGGGCGAGAGUUCUUUGACGACAACGGGAACUUCCUGUACAGAAUUUGAACUUGACCCUGGCUGAUGGAGUCAAGUUCAAAUUCGUAAAACACAGCUGAGCGAGCAUAUUUGAGCUGCCCGGAUUUCCGUGUCUGGAUUGUCCCACCUUGGAAACGAUGAGCCUGAAAACGGAAGGAGCUGCUUGGAUUUCAAUCUGACAAGGGACCGUGAACUUCACAGGGCGGGUGUAUGUGCGGGCAGCGUGAAUAACUGGCGGGGGGUAGCGUGGCUCCUGGUCUGGCCCACAUGUAUCUUCAGUCCUCACCCUUCUUGCUUACGCUUUCUAUGUUGAAACCAGCCUGGGUUGCAUGUGUUAGGAGUUUGUUGUAUUUGCAAUAUGAGUUUGGGAGGAAUUGAAACGUUUUCCUUCUGACAUUUACUUCUUGAUUCAUGAACACUAAUAGUUCUAGAGUUGCUUAAUCAUUUGUAUUCAUUUUGCAAAUAAAGUGAAAUGUAGCAGUC